UUAUUUAUUUUUGUUUUAGUUCUUGGAUAACUUGCUGGACUCACGCUCCUGUACGCUGGAGCUCUCUCUUCCCUAGCACAGAAACAUGCAACAUGGCAGCAGCCAUGGAAACUGAACAGCUGGGUCUUGAAAUCUUUGGAACGGCUGAUUGUGAGGAACAUGCUGAGGCAGAGGAGCAGCCAAAGCUGGAACCCUUCUAUGUGGAGAGGUAUUCCUGGAGUCAGCUUAAAAAACUGCUCACAGAUACUAGGAAGUAUCAUGGCUACAUGGUAGCCAAGGCUCCUCAUGAUUUCAUGUUUGUGAAGAGAAAUGACUCAGAAGGACCCUUUUCUGAUAGGAUCUACUAUCUAGCCAUGUCUGGUGAGAACAGGGAGAACACACUGUUCUAUUCAGAAAUCCCCAAAUCCAUCAACAAAGCUGCAAUCCUAAUGCUUUCCUGGAAACCCCUUUUGGAUCUGUUUCAGGCCUCCCUGGACUAUGGGAUGUAUUCCCGCGAAGAAGAAUUACUGCGUGAGAGAAAGCGCAUUGGGACAGUCGGAAUUGCCUCUUACGAUUAUCACAGAGAAAGCGGCACUUUUUUGUUUCAGGCUGGCAGUGGAAUUUACCAUGUAAAAGAUGGCGGUCCUCAUGGAUUUACUCAACAGCCUUUAAAGCCCAAUUUAGUGGAGACCAGUUGUCCAAACAUACGGAUGGAUCCAAAACUGUGUCCAGCUGAUCCAAACUGGAUUGCAUUUAUCCAUAGUAAUGACAUCUGGAUAUCUAAUAUACUCACCAAAGAAGAAAGGAGGAUAACCUUUGUUCAUAAUGAAUUGUCCAACAUAGAAGAGGAUCCCAGAUCUGCUGGGGUGGCUACUUUUGUGCUGCAGGAGGAGUUCGAUAGAUACACUGGCUACUGGUGGUGUCCGAAUGCUGAGCCAACUGCCACCGGGGGCAAAAUUCUUAGGAUUCUUUAUGAAGAAAAUGAUGAGUCAGAAGUGGAAAUUAUUCACGUCACAUCACCCAUGCUGGAGACCAGGAGGACGGAUUCUUUUAGAUAUCCCAAAACUGGUACAGCAAAUCCAAAGGUCACUUUUAAGAUGUCUGAAAUAACAGUUGAUGCUGAAGGAAGAAUUGCUGCUGUCAUGGAUAAAGAACUGGUGCAACCAUUUGAGAUCCUCUUUGAAGGAGUAGAGUAUAUUGCUAGAGCUGGAUGGACUCCAGAAGGAAAAUAUGCCUGGUCCAUCUUGCUGGAUCGCUCCCAGACACGGCUACAGAUAGUGUUGAUCUCCCCUGCAUUAUUUAUCCCGGUAGAAGAUGAUGCUAUGGAAAGACAGAAACUAAUAGAUGCUGUGCCAGACUCUGUUACGCCACUUAUUAUUUAUGAAGAAACAACAGACGUCUGGAUAAAUAUCCAUGACAUCUUCCACGUUUUCUCUCAAACCCGCCAAGAUGAGAUAGAGUUUAUUUUCGCCUCUGAAUGUCCGACAGGUUUCCGGCACCUGUACAAAAUCACGUCCGUUUUGAAGGAGAGCAGAUACAAGCGAUCGUGUGGAGGCCUCCCUGCUCCAAGCGACUUCAAGUGUCCCAUCAAAGAGGAAUUAGCAGUUACGAGUGGAGAAUGGGAAGUGCUUGGUAGACAUGGUUCCAAUAUCCGCAUUGAUGAAGCAAAGAAACUGGUGUAUUUUGAAGGCACAAAGGAUUCCCCUUUAGAGCAUCACCUGUACGUCGUUAGCUACGAGAAUCCUGGAGAGGUGAAGCGACUGACGGACCGUAAUUACUCUCACGCCUGCACCGUUAGUCAGGACUGUGACAUGUUCAUCAGUAAAUUCAGUAACCAGAAGAACCCGCACUGUGUGUCACUGUACAGGCUGACUGGUUCUGAAGAUGAAGUUGCUCAUAGAACAAAGGAAUUCUGGGCCACGAUUUUAGAUUCAGCAGGGCCUCUCCCCGAAUAUGUUCCCCCGGAAAUCUUCUCCUUUGAGAGUUCUUCAGGCUUCACGUUGUAUGGGAUGAUUUACAAACCUCAUCACCUACAACCGGGGAAGAAAUACCCCACAGUGCUCUUCAUAUACGGAGGACCUCAGGUGCAGCUGGUGAACAAUCGGUUUAAAGGAGUCAAGUAUUUUCGCUUGAACACGCUGGCCUCGCUGGGUUACGUCGUCGUUGUCAUUGACAACAGGGGGUCCUGCCAUCGAGGGCUUAAGUUUGAAGGCGCCUUUAAAUACAAAAUGGGUCAAAUAGAAAUCGACGACCAAGUAGAAGGCCUGCAGUAUUUAGCUUCCCAGUAUGACUUCAUUGAUUUAGACCGAGUUGGCAUUCAUGGCUGGUCCUAUGGAGGAUACCUGUCUCUUAUGGCAUUAAUGCAGAGGUCAGAUCUCUUCCGGGUUGCCAUUGCUGGAGCACCAGUCACGCUGUGGAUAUUCUAUGACACGGGCUACACAGAGCGUUACAUGGGACACCCUGAUCACAACGAACAGGGGUAUUAUGUAGGAUCAGUGGCCAUGCAAGCGGAGAAGUUUCCUUCAGAACCACACCGUUUGCUGCUGCUACAUGGUUUCUUGGAUGAGAACGUUCACUUUGCACACACAAGUAUAUUGCUGAGUUUUUUAGUGAGGGCUGGAAAACCAUAUGAUUUACAGAUUUACCCGCAGGAGAGACACAGUAUAAGGGUCCCUGAAUCCGGAGAGCAUUAUGAACUCCAUCUGCUGCAUUAUCUGCAAGAGAAUCUUGGCUCUCAUAUUGCUGCGCUGAAGGCCAUGUAAUUUGUGACCUCUGUGGAACUCUGACACUAGCUGCUUAACCAAACGAGGAAACUGGUCUUUAGAGAGAAUAGAACAGAACACUGCGUUUUGGUGCCUGCUACAUAUGCACGCGCACACACUGACUUUUUUUUAAGUAACCUAGGUGCCAUACAAGGAAUCUACAGGAUAAUGGCCUAAUCAUUUUAAAACGGAAACAAUAUCAAGCGUCUGUGGUACGCAGCACCACCAGGCAUACGCUUUGGGAAGAAGCUGAAAAUUCAGUAACACAUUUCCACAACACUGUAUCUUUACCAUCUGAAAACACUGACCUGUGUGAGUCUAAUUGGUGUAUUUUUUUUACAGCGUGUUUCUCAGUUUCUUACAACAAGGUAAUAUUGGAUGAUGUGCUCACAUCCUGGCAAAAAUCUGAAUGGUUACAACUUUGAUAGCAUUUCAUAAUGUAAUGCCUAGUUUAUGCCACGUGCAAAGGAUGUCUGGCUCACGAGGAAUUAGUUGCACAUUAGACACACAUAUAAUCAGAUGCUGGGGAUAAUUAUUUUUAAAAAGAAACACUUUUAGCUGCCUUCUGAAGAAGUUUAUAAUUUGGUUUUAAUGCCAAUCAGACCAAUUUUCCAGUGAGCUCAUCUCUGUGUAUCUUGCUGCUUUUUUCUUUUGUAUUGUGUUAAACUGGUUGUACCUCAUUUCCCACUGGUACAUGAGAUGUAUUUUACAGUUAGCCUUUAUGCUGAGAAGCUAACUAGUUUUAAGCCAAACAACUGAAACUUUGUAUAUGUCUCAUAUUUUAAAAAUCAGUGUAUUUCCAUGGACUUUCUCUCAAUGUGCAUUUUGGGGCUGUUUUCAAAAUAUGACCCUAUCUCAGCAGGUGGGUAUCUAAAUAUUCUUCCACUAAGAUUUUAAAAUUCCAACACCCAAGUGGGGAGUUGGUGGCCUGUCAACACUACAUUGAAGCAAUGCAAAUUGUGUUUUAUUAAAUUUUGUGUUGUCAUUAUUCUAACAUUAUUCUCAGAUCACUGUUGAGAAAGCUUGUCCGAGUCAACCUGCUCCCAUAAAUAUAUAGGAAUCUAUCACCCAAGGGUCAUCUCUAGCACUGUGGUGUAGCAUGGUUAUAGGCUGUCCCCUGGGAGAAACCCCUGUCUGUGUUGCUUCAGGUAACGCUUCUAGAAGCUAGCACCCUGCGAUAUAAAAUCACACUAAAGCAUGAUUUUCUUUCCUGGUGUGGUUUUAACUGUGAUGCAGUCUUGGCUGAAAAACAUGUUUGGAACUACUUUUAACUUUCAAAAUGUUGUUUAAAAUAGAACACCACAGUAAAAUUGUUACUUUUAAACCUGAAAAUUCUGCUUGGGUGCCUGUGUUAACUUCCUAUAAUUUUCAGCUUCGUUCUUUUAAAAAAAGCCAAGAACUUUUUCCCUUCUAUUUUGAUGCUAUAAGAGAGAAGCAGAGCAUGAUUCUCUUCUGAAAUCGGGACACCCUGUGGCUUGUGUUUAUACGUGAAAUACCCCAGAUUUUAUAGGAAUGUACGUGAGUAACUUUUGUAGGUGUAUGAAUGAUCAAUAGACCCUACAACUUGAACAUUUAACACAAUAGGCCCUGACCUUGAUGGUAGUGACACUGGUAUUAAUUGGGAAUAACUCCCCUGGAGUCAGUGGAAACACCUGGAUUUAUAAAACCUACAUAAACCAGCUCCAUUGUAUUAUGUUAAUGGUUUUCAAAGCAAACACAUGUCGUGUAAGCCAUUUUUUUUCCAGCUCUCACACAAUUGUUCUGAAUUGUACAGAUGCUAUUUAAAGUCCUGUAAGCAUACAGAAAUAGGUUUAUAGGUUUUGAUUUUGGGAAAACUGUAAGGAGCUCAACACCUGCACUGACUUCUCUGUACCAACAAUAGCUAAUUAUUGUAACUAACAUGAAUUCCCUUCCGAAAAAGCCUGAGUUUUCCGCAGUUCUGUGACAUAAUCUAGUAAGCACAGACAGGCUGGUACAUUGAUAGGUUUGAAGAAGAAUAAUGCGCCAAUGAGUAACAAAUGUGUAGUUUUUAUAUUAUGGUAUCCCACCUGGUUCUUUACGUGUUUAUGUUGUAGUAUAGAUGCAUAUAGCUAUGGGUAUGCCUACACAGCAAAAGAAAACACAGGGCAGCAAGUCUAAGAGCCCAGGUGCACUGCAGGCUAAAAAUAGCAGUGUGGACAGUCAGGUUUUGGACUCUGAGACGUGCACAGAGAGUUCUUUUGUUGCUGUGUUGAUGUGCUCUGUAUCUGACCAUAUAAACGUAUAUGUAUAAACUAACACGUGGAUGUUAUCACAUUUUCAAGGUUGUUUAUAUUAUGUUCAAUGUUAACUUAACUGGCGUUUCGGGGUGUAUUUUUGUCCCUUUUCCAGAGAUGAUCUCUUGAAUAUAAAUGUAUAUGAUUCUCACGUGAAAAUUAACCCUUUUGUACAAAACGACCUCUAUGGAACAGUGCUUACAGCAAAGGAGGAAUUAAAUGCAAUUUUGGUAAUCAAGUCUAGAUUUUGGUUUAGUAACGAACAUCAUAAAACUGCUUACAUGUAGCUUUUUGAAUAAUGCAUUCUCUCUUUUAAAUAUCAUAUAUAUCAGAAAGCUAUUAAAGUAUCAGGUAUGAUAUGUACCCUAUUUUGCAACAUAAUUAUGUAUUUUUUUCUGAAAAAAAUAGUUUCCUUUACAGCUGUUGGUCACUUUAAAACUCCAUAUAUUCUUGUGAAAAUGCUGGAAGGAUUUGCUAUCCGUAUUUCAUAGUUCUGUACAAAGGAUGGUUACCAUAUGUAGUAGUAAUGAAAGGCAUAUCCUAUAGGGUCUGAUCCAGCCUCUUUUGAAGUUAAUGACCAAACCCCGGUAGAUUAAUAGGGGUACAAUCAAUUCCACAGGGAAUGAGCACAGCUUUGUGGCAUCCAGAGUAUGUCAUUAACUCUAGAGACACUGGUGACUAGAUCCUGAUGGUGUUGGUAGGACAAGCCACACUGCCACAGCUAAGCUCAGCAGUUCUGUGCCUUUUUCCAGCUGUAAGCCAGUCUUCCUGUACUACAGUAUCCGUCUAAGAGUACUGUGUAUGAUGGUAUUGCUGCCGUUUGGCCCAUCAGACUUGCCUACUCGAAAAUCUCUGUAUUGAGAAGAUAGCACUUUCACCCAAGUAGAAUUCCCCAUGAAGUUUCACGUUUGGAUUUUGCUUUUGAUUAUGAACUUCUUUUAAAAAUUGCAACGCUGUAAUAAUGUUACUUCACAUUUUAAGCAGAGCUAGUGGACUUCUCAGGCAGAAAGUAUGAGAACCAGCUCUUCCAUGGAGGAGGUAGGCCACCACCUUGCACCACAAAAGAAAUCCAGCGCUGGGAAUGUUGGAGGAUAUGUCUAUGCAGAGAGAGAAACCCCACAGCUGUCUCUGGCUCAUGGGACUAGGGCUCUGUGGCUGAGCAAUGGCUGUAGAGGUGUUCAGGGUCCAGAGUCCCAGACUUGAGUUCCGGCCUGAGCCCAAAUGUCUACACAGAAUUUUAGCGCUAUGAGCUUGAGCCCAAAUCAGAUGUUCCAGAUCAGCCACAGGUUUUUAUCCUUGUGUAGACGUACCUCUUGAGCUCAGCGGGGUUACUCCCAGCAAUAACCAUUACACAAGUGGUAUAUGGUAGUGCGAUGGGGCCCUAAGUGCAUAUUGAAUGUAAAAUCUCUUUCCUAUGAGUGCAGGGGUGUGUCUGUCUUACCUCUAAAUCCUGUGACUACAUGUGUAACUUCUGCUGGAAAAUGAUAGAGAAUAUAUUGAAGGCUGGAUUUUGAAGAGUGAGGGCCUACUGAUGAUAGGGAUGCCAAUGUACAUAUAUUUUCUUCAAUGUUUUCAUUGUUUGGAAUUGUCUGUUUGCUUCAAUAGGGAUAGAUUCUAUGGUUUAAUGUUUUGAGAUGGUUUCCAUUACUUAAGGAAUCUUUCUUUUAAUAAAAAAACAAGGUGAGGCAGGGAACAUUUUAGAUUGGGAUAAGUAAUUUGCAUUGUUUACCAUAUUUCCAAAUACAUAAUUUGAAUUAAUGUAUAACUAAUUACCUAGAGAACUCCUCCAUUUUGAUAAACUCCGUUUACUACCAAAUAUUUAGUCACAGUAAUUCUGAUCAGCAUGUGAAGCUUUGAAAAUCAAUUAAUUAUACUAAAAUGGAAAAUGUAUUGCUUACUAAUAGGGGCAUUUGGGAAUAGGGUUAGCAUAGACUUUCCAGAUGGGCUUGACACAUUGAAGAUAUAGAAGUAAGUGUGUGUGUGUGUGUGUGUGUGUGUGUGUAGUUUGCUGUAUCCAGCAAAGAAUCCAGGUGUGCUAUUAACUGACAAAACAGAGUCCUGACACUUAACCUAUAAUAGUAAAAUAAUUGAUCGUGUUUCUUUCUGAUCUGUGUGUUCCAUGAGUAGCGCAGUGUGUUUUGCUGCUGGCAUGACACUGAAUAUUGAGAAGGCAAUAACAAUGGGAGUGGGAGGAGGGGAAAUCAGCCAGAUUAGAACACUGCCUUGAAUUGCCUGUUUACUUGAGUACCAGACCCCUGUAAAUACAAGUACUGUAUCCUGGGGGGUGCUUUGGGCCAUCCUUCUGAAAGGACAGAGCGGGUGGCUUUUACUUGGAUGUUCUGCACAGUAGAAGUUUGGGUGUUUUAAUUUUAGAACAUGAAGUGCCUGCUCUUCAAGCAUUGACUUGUAUUCACAAAAUUGCAUGUCGCACCCCGGUAGGUUUAUGGGUUUCCCUCCAUUUCUAGCUAAAUGGCUUUUUAAUCAUGUAAAGUGGAAGCGUUAGCUUUGCUGCCUUUUAUUACAAAUCCUUUCUGUUGCAAUAAAGAUGCUGCUAAAUAAA